GGAAGGCUACAUUGAGGAGGCAGAGAGCAGCAGCCGCCGGUGGGAGGAGCGCAGCGUAUAUGCAAUGAGCGCACACAGCCGAGCUGCACUGACAGAUCCCCGCUUCCUCCGGAGCUACAGGGAAUGCGCUAAAGACGUAUCCAGCCCUCAGCGCGCUUUCCGCUCUCCAGCUCCUGUCUCAGCAACGAGAUGCUGCCCUGGAAGAAAAACAAGUUUGACCUGAUCGAGGAGGACAACAAGCAGGCGAAGCAGAAGGGCUAUGCGGUGAGCCUCAACUACGGCGCCCUCACCUCCUUCGCUAAAUCGUGCCCGGAGGGGGCACUGACCCGGGUGGGCAGCAUGUUCAAGUCCAAGAGGAAGAAGAUCAAGAUCACGGGGGAGGACCCCACUUACACGGUGCUCUACCUGGGCAACGCAACCACCCUUCAGUCCAAAGGAGAAGGCUGCACGGACCUGGCAGUGGGCAAGAUCUGGAGCAAGAGUGAGAUGGGCAAACAUGGCACCAAAAUGAAACUGACUGUCAGCUCUCAGGGCAUCCGCAUGGUGCAUGUGGAGGACAAAGCCAAGCGCCCCGGGCACCUCUAUUUGUUGCACCGGGUGACCUACUGCGUGGCGGACUCGAGGCUGCCCAAGAUCUUUGCUUGGAUCUACCGGCACGAGAUGAAGCACAAGGCGGUGAUGUUGCGCUGUCACGCAGUGCUGGUGUCCAAGCCGGAGAAGGCUAAAGCCAUGGCACUGCUGCUCUACCAAACCUCGGCCAACGCCCUGGCAGAGUUUAAGAGGCUCAAGAGAAGGGAGGAUGCCAGGCACCAGCAGCAGCAGCUGAUCGGAGAACAGAGCAUCCCGCUGGUCCCGCUGAGGAAGCUGCUAAACGGACAGUGCUGCUACAAGCCGCCGGUGGAGCGCAGCCGGAGCGCUCCCAAGCUGGGCUCGAUUACCGAGGACCUGCAGGGAGAAGAGGAGGAGGAGAGGGCCAUGAGCUUUGAGUGUGAGGACGUGCUGGACACCGGGGGUGGGGGAGAGGGUGGCGGGGAAGAAGAAGAGGGGGAGGUGGUGGUGGCGAAGCACGAAUUGUCUCAACUCAUCAAUGAUCUCGGGGAGAUGAGCCUGGGCAAUGACCUACAGACUUUAAAGGCGGACCUGAGGGUGACCAGACUGCUGUCCGGGGAGAGCACGGGCAGCGAGUCCUCCAUAGAAAGCAACCACGAUUCUGGACCCAUCAUCAAUGGGUUUGAAGAGUGCAGGGAACCCGAGACUGUAUGAGCGCGAUUCCGGGGAACGUCUGCAGACUUGUAUAUUAACCCAUUAAUGUCAGGGCUUAGUAUGCGUUGGCCAUGUGUAGACUGAUGGCUUUCCAGCAGAAAAAGAUUCAUUCAUCUGGCUAGACGCCACGGACCUGUGUUUGCCAUUUUAAAUACAGUGAGCCAUAUUUCUAAAGACAGGGGGUGUCAAAUACCUUCACAUUCUUGAUCCGUAUAGCUUAACACACUAUAAAUAUGGCCAGUUUUUCAUUGUGGACGUCUUCCUGUUGUAGAGACCUGUACAGGCUCCCUGGCACUAAAUGGAUUAAUGCCAACUAAUAUUUGAGCCCUUGGUUUGGGCUCUCUGCAUACCUGGGUAUUAACUCAUCGUGUUUGCUGUCUCCCUAAAUCACUUUCUCAAUGGAGCUGAAUGUGUUAAUGAUUGUUGCAUUAGUCUAGAUAUUAACAGAUUGCUGGUGUGCCACCAUAACCUGUAUACAUCAUGUUUGGGGUCAUAUGUAAAGACAGGACAGCCAUAAGUGAGGCUCUGUAUGUUAUAACCAAAGGGAUGGCUUCUUGAGGGCCAAGUUUUUACCCCCAGAAAAAGUGAGACUCCAAAUGAUCUGGAUAGUUCUCUAUGGUUCUGCUUAAUGUGUAGAGUUAUGUAUAAAGGAGAGAUUGUAUAAUUUAAAUGCCUGCUGGAUGUGUGCUGCUGGUUUGGUGGCCCAGAAUGCUGGGGUUAAUGUGCACACACUCCUAGCAUAGAGUGGGCAAAUCAAAAGUAGCAUGUAAAUUAUGGGAUUUGUGCAAUAAACAUUUUGUGGCCUGAUGGAAGAUUUCUAGAUGGUUGUGGUGCUUAAGAUUCACCACACCAUAGUAGUAGAGCAGUAUUACUCCUACCAUGCCUAAGAAGGGCUGCAGGUAAGAGAUCA